AUGCAGACUCGACGGGCCAAACGCAAGACUCAGGACGACGAUGCUGACGAUGAGACUCCCUCUCCAUCUACCGCCCCUUCCAGUGGUCAAGGGCGCGGUAGAUCAACAGUGCCUUCAUCCCGAGAUGGGCGUGGUCGUGGUCGUGGCGCGCGAGCUGGUAGGGCGAGUUCGAUGUCCCCUUCCAACCUGCUGCACGCUGCAGGCCAGCCAUCAUCUGCAUCCUCUGGUCCACCAAUCAACAUUCGUCGCACAAGUCCCACAACCACAACUGGCACGGACGGUCUAGGUUCUAACACUCCAAGAGCGUUGUUUCCAUCUACAGCGCCACCCACUCCGACAGCCACGCCACACACCCCAAACCCGCCUAUUCCUGCCAACCAUAUCUUGCCGCAGCUGUUGACAUUUCUUCCCCAUACCAGGCCUGCUCAGCUCACCCCAGAACAACAAGCCAUCAUGGGGAGCCCAGGGGUUCCGGGGGUCCCUGGGUAUACUGGGAGUAUUAGAAGUGGGGUACCUGUACAACCAACUGGGCCACAACCUUCACCGAUGCCACCACCCUCCACUGCAGCUAGUGCUUCGCCAGGGCCUACAUCAACUGCACCAUCAUCCACGCUAGGUUCAUCAACAAUUCCAGCGCAAGUCCCUCCACUUCAAAUGGCCGCGGCAUCGGCUUCCCCAACCAACCCAAUGCUUGCUAGGCCAUCUGGGAAUGGCGGGAGUCCUGGGUCGCAAACCACCAGUCAACCGACAAUUCCGGCUCCGAGUGUAGGGACUAUUGGGUUGCCAGGGUCGGCUGGGUCAGCCGGGUCAUCAAUUCCCAUGGGUACCACCCCGCCUCGACCGUGGAGUGCUCGAAUCGACGCGCUGGUGAGCCGGAUAGAUCAAAUGAAUGUUCGACAAGAAGAGGAUCGUGAACAUGCUUCUGCAAUGACAGAGCGGUUGGGGGUCGUGGAGAAGUCCUUGAGCAAGUUGCAGAAGGAGGCGACGGCUCUCCGCGCCUCGGUUGGGAACGCGAAUCGAUCGCACAAGGAGUUGAAAGGCUCCGUCACGUCUUCUUUAUCUCAAGUCGACGAUCAAAUCCGACAGCUGACCGAUUACAUUGAAGAAAAUGUGCGCCGUUUGGAUGGGCAGUUGUCGAGCAUGACUUCCGCUGCGAUCAGUCAGCUACCUCGUAUCCCUUCGUCCACCCCUGCUAUCGUUGUUGGUCAGCCUUCUUUUGCACCUCUUGUUGCCCCUGACGCAGCAGCUGGUCGAGCCCUGUGCAACUCGAUCGAUCCACGCACCCACUUGGUGUGCCUCAAUUUGCGCGCCACUUGUGACAGUCGUCGCACGGGGAAACAUGUCGAUCCAGGGGUGAUCACCCCUAUGUCAGUCCUAUGUCCUUGUGAUCGUACGAAGCGAAAGGUUCCUUGCAAGGCGCUGCUGAUGUCCUGUGCGCAACCACUCCAUGCUGACCAUCGUCGGCGUCGAAUAGAAGAGUUGUUGAGACAAGGCUCCCUACCAUUCACCCUUGCUAUGCUGCAGGAGUUCCUUGAGAAGGCUGGUUUGUUGCCAGCGUCUGGCGUUGGCCCCAAGAGCAUCCAUCCCCAGCAUCCAGGCCCAUCUCGCGGUCCGCGUUCCGACGACGACGCUGAUGAUGAUGCUGGUAGCGGAAUACUCUCUCUUUAG